UUUUUUUUUUCUUCUUCUUCUUUAUUCUUUCAGUUGCUGGUCAAUUGCUUGUCUUUAUACCAUGAAAUCCAUUCUAUUCCUCUCUUUAUUUUUGUGUAUUGCACAAGCACUUCAAAUCAACUUUUCUUCUCAAGAAAGAAACAUGUCAAAUAGAGACUCUGCUCAAUCCCACUAUGAGUCUGUUCUGGACGAUAUCCUUAGUCAACACAAUGAAGGUUUAUUGACUGAACUUUCAAUGGCUAUCAAAGAUCCUCAUACUAUGUACGCUGUCCUCAGACCUCAAGCAGAUGUGUUAGUCCAAGGCCCUAUGGAAGAUGUAUGUGUAGCACAAAUGCCAGGCAUGAUUGCAAACCAAAUCCAUGAAUUCAGUCAUGCACUCUAUAGUCAGGUUGACACAAUUGUGACUGAUGUUUGGAAAACAACAGACACCGAAUUACGCCAAAUGAUUUUGCAUGCCAUCAACCAAGGUUCCUGGGAACAAGACGUGUUGGAUGAAAUCGUUAGUUCGGUUGAAUUUAUUAAUAUGGAAAUAUCAGAUCGAUUAGUGGCUAUUGCACAUCAGUUUGAUUUCCUCGGCAAGAUAAGAGCUGCUUUGUUAAACUGUCAAGCUAUUUUUGAUCCUCACACCACAAGUGCUCCACAAACACUGACAGAAAAGAUUUGGACUGCUAUUUUGAUUUCAUUCCGUAAUCCUGGUGCCUUUGAACCCAAUACCCAUGGCUUUUUGAAUAGAUAUAUCUUCGAUUUGAUUUCUGAUCUUCAAGGUGAAUUGUAUGGUCGAACCAUUGAGUUGGCCACAAGUAUUUAUGAAGACCUUGCCUUUAACAUGUAAAUAAACUUUUCUUUUUUUCUUUUU